AUGGUUCAAAUAAGCGAGGUCAAAAACCAGGGUCGCGACAAUCGCACCUCAGCGCACACCCACAUCAAAGGCCUGGGCCUGACGCUUUCUGGCACCGCCGACAAGCAAGCUGCAGGAUUCGUGGGUCAGCAGACAGCACGCGAGGCAUGCGGUGUCGUCGUCGAUCUCAUCAAAGCCCACAAGAUGGCGGGCCGAGGCGUGUUGCUUGCAGGAGGACCUGGCACAGGCAAGACAGCCCUUGCGCUUGCCAUCAGCCAAGAGCUAGGAACCAAGAUACCGUUCUGCCCCAUUGUUGGCAGCGAAAUCUACUCGUCGGAAGUCAAGAAGACGGAGGUGCUCAUGGAGAACUUCCGAAGAGCGAUUGGUCUCAAGGUCCGGGAAACGAAAGAGGUGUACGAGGGCGAGGUCACUGAGCUCACACCAGAAGAGGCGGAGAACCCGCUUGGCGGCUACGGCAAGACCAUCAGCACGCUUCUGAUCGGCCUCAAGAGCGCAAAGGGCCAAAAGAAACUGCGGUUGGAUCCAAGCAUCUACGAGGCGAUACAGAAGGAGCGGGUCACCGUUGGUGAUGUCGUCUACAUCGAGGCCAACACUGGUGCAUGCAAACGCGUCGGUCGCUCUGAUGCCUACGCGACCGAGUUUGACCUGGAGGCUGAGGAAUACGUCCCAAUCCCCAAGGGUGAGGUGCACAAGAAGAAAGAAAUCGUACAAGACGUGACACUGCAUGAUCUCGACGUGGCAAACGCGAGGCCACAGGGUGGCCAGGAUAUCAUGUCAAUGAUGGGCCAGCUGAUGAAGCCGAAGAUGACCGAGAUUACAGACAAGCUGAGAGGGGAGAUCAACAAGGUUGUCAGCAAGUACAUUGACCAGGGUGUUGCGGAACUGGUCUCCGGCGUCUUGUUCAUUGACGAGGCGCACAUGCUCGAUGUCGAGUGUUUCACAUACCUCAACAAGGCCCUGGAGUCGCCAAUCUCACCAAUCGUUGUGCUUGCGUCAAAUCGGGGCAUGGCUACGAUCCGUGGUACCGAUGAUAUUGUCGCGGCUCACGGGAUCCCUCCCGACUUUUUGGCCCGUCUCCUCAUCAUCCCCACCACACCCUACGACGCAGAGGAGAUCCAACGGAUUGUACGGAUCCGAAGCUCCACCGAGGGGGUCUCGAUUACCGGCGCGGCCAUUGACAAGAUUGCGGAACACGGGGUGCGGAUCAGCUUGCGGUACUGCCUGCAGCUUCUGACGCCAGCAAGCAUCCUCGCACGAGUGAACGGUCGCACCCAGAUUGACGUCCAGGAUGUUGCCGAAUGCGAGGACCUGUUCCUCGACGCUCGGCGCAGCGCAGCCCUGCUCAGCAGUGAGACAGGCAAGGGAUAUCUGCCUUGA